GAACCCGGAGCGCGGAUUGGCGGGCGGGAGGGAGGCCCGCGUGGCCGCGACCAAUGAGAGGCGGCGGGGCGGGGCCGCGCGCGCCGGGCGCUGAGGAGGUGUCGCAGCGGCCGCGGGCGCCGGCCGCGGAGCCAGCCUGCUGCCGGCCGCUCUGCUGCCCAGCCCUGCGUGUCCGCCGCCGAGGCUCCUGUCCCGGCCCUCGGCGCAGCCGUGCGGGGCAGCUCAGCCCGGGGCUCAGCAGCGGCUGCGGGAGAUGCGGCCUCCGCCGUGACUUGUGCCCUGGCCACGGCCUGCGGGGGAAGAGCCGAGGAGAGCGGCAGCUGCGUGGUGGGACAGGUUGUGGAGCGUCCCUGUAACGCUCUCUAGGGUCUGCGUGAUUCGUCUUUUCCUCCAUCUCUUGAAGAAAUCCACGACUUUUUGACGGUGCUGUAGCAAAAAGCUGACGGGAACUUCAUGUGUGCGGACUCAAACUGGCCUCUUUGUCUCCCUCUUUCCCCUCCCCACCCGAAAUCGAGGCACUUUGGCAUGGCAGGGGAAAGAGCCAUGUGUGACGGUGACACUUAGCACCAUGCUGGCUCUGGGUGCGUCCCGCCCGGCUGCUUCUUGUGUGGAGUGGUCAGGAGUUUGUCAAGAAGCACUUUCUUUUGCCUCCGUGCUGUCCUGCGAGCCCUGCACUGACAAGAGUCAGGAGCCCACACCUGACCUUUUGAAUUUAUAUUUUGCAUCUUGAGUCUGGCAUCCUGUGCCGCUUUUCGAAAGCAAAUAACUAGAUCCUUUUGUGAACUGUGGUCUCUAGAGAUGGGCACCCGUACCUUUAUAUUCUUAUGUCUAGAAGACACCCCUGAUGGAAGACUUUCUAGGGACACUUUUUGACAUCAGCAUUUUACAAGUGGAACUGAAAAAGGCAUUAUUUAAAGUUCUUGGGGCAGGAGGCUCUGAAGGGGCAGGAUGGCUGUGAGCAUGGAUGAUGAUGUCCCACUCAUCCUCACCCUGGAUGACAGCGGCAGCGGCGCCUCAGCCCCUCUAGAUGACCUGGAUCGGGAGGAGCUGCCUAACGAAAAUGGAGGUAGCUAUGACGUUAUUAACGACGCAUCCAGCCCUGCUGCGGGGGACGGCUGCGCGCAGCAAAGCUCUGCCCGGCACAACUGGGAGAUGAACUACCAGGAGGCAGCGAUCUACCUCCAGGAAGGAGAAAAUAACGACAAGUUCUUCACUCACCCCAAAAAUGCCAAAGCACUCGCUGCCUACCUCUUUGCACACAAUCACCUGUUCUACCUGAUGGAGCUGAGCACGGCGCUGCUUCUCCUGUUGCUGUCUCUCUGCGAGGCGCCAGCUGUUCCCAUGCUCCGUCUUGGCAUCUUUGUCCACGCAACCCUGGAGCUGUUUGCGUUAAUCGUGGUGGUCUUUGAACUCUCCAUGAAGAUGAGGUGGCUGGGCUUCCAAACCUUUAUCAGGCACAAAAGGACUAUGGUGAAGACGUGCGUGCUGUUUGUGCAGUUCAUAGAGGCCAUCGUGGUGUUGGUGCGCCAAACCUCGCACGUCCGGAUCACCAGAGCUCUGCGCUGUAUCUUCCUGGUCGACUGCCGGUACUGCGGUGCCGUCCGGAGAAAUCUGCGACAGAUCUUCCAGUCUCUCCCACCAUUUAUUGACAUUCUUCUCCUCCUGCUUUUCUUCAUGGUGAUCUUUGCCAUCCUGGGUUUUUACUUGUUUUCUCCUAACCACUCCGAUCCGUACUUCAAUACCCUAGAGAACAGCCUGGUGAAUCUCUUUGUGCUUUUGACCACUUCAAAUUUUCCCGAUGUGAUGAUGCCAUCUUAUGCCCGGAACCCCUGGUCCUGUGUCUUCUUCAUAGUGUAUCUCUCCAUCGAGCUGUACUUCAUCAUGAACUUGCUUCUUGCUGUGGUGUUCGACACUUUCAAUGACAUCGAGAAGAGGAAGUUUAAGUCCUUGCUGCUGCACAAGCGCACGGCCAUCCAGCACGCGUACCGCUUGCUGAUCACCAAACAGAGGCCGUCUGGAAUUUCCUUCAAGCACUUCGAAGGGCUGUUGCGGUUUUACAAGCCUCGGAUGUGCGCCAGAGAGCGAUAUCUCACUUUCAAAGCACUGAAUCAAAGCCAUACUCCUUUGCUCAGUCUAAAGGAUUUUUACAAUUUCUAUGAAGUUGUUGGCUUAAAAUGGAAGGCAAAACGGAAUCGCGAGCACUGGUUUGACGACCUCCCACGGACAGCAUUCCUUAUUUUUAAAGGCAUCAACAUCCUGGUGAAGUCCCGCGUGUUCCAGUACACCAUGUAUACUGUGGUUGCUGUGAAUGGAAUUUGGAUUCUUGUUGAAACCUUCAUGCUGCAAGGAGGGAAUUUCUUCUCCAGAAAUGUCCCGUGGAGCUACAUAGUCUUCCUCACAAUCUACGGCGUGGAGCUCCUCCUGAAGACCACUGGACUGGGGCCUGUCGAGUACCUGUCCUCGGGCUGGAAUCUCUUUGACUUUGCAGUCACCCUGUUUGCAUUCUUGGGGCUCAUGGCACUGGCGUUUAACAUGGAGCCGUUCUACUUCAUCGUGGUCUUGCGACCCCUCCAGCUGCUGAGGCUAUUUAAGUUGAAGAAACGCUACAGAAAUGUCCUGGACACGAUGUUUGAGUUGUUCCCCCGGAUGGCCAGCCUGGGUUUAACCCUGCUGAUCUUCUACUAUUGCUUUGCCAUUGUUGGCAUGGAGUUCUUUGCUGGCGUGGUCUACCCGAACUGCUGCAACACAAGCACAGUUGCAGAUUCCUACCACUGGGUGAAUCACACGGUUGGCAACAAGACAGUUGUGGAAGAAGGUUAUUACUAUCUCAACAACUUUGACAACAUUUUGAACAGCUUUGUCACGCUGUUUGAGCUGACAGUCGUCAACGACUGGUACAUCAUCAUGGAAGGGGUGACAUCCCAAACCACUCACUGGAGCCGUCUUUACUUCAUGAUCUUCUAUAUUGUGACCAUGGUGGUGAUGACGAUCAUCGUGGCUUUUAUUCUGGAUGCAUUUGUCUUCCGCAUGAACUACACUCGGAAGAACCAAGAUUCAGAAGAAGACAAUGGCAUUGUGCUGGAGAAGGAGAUCUUCAAGGAGGAAGUGGUUGGCAUAAUCGAGCUGUACAAACGGAGUUCAGCUGCCACCGAAACCGCUGAGCUGCAGAAGAUUGUUUUGCAGAUGGACAAAUAUGGGCAAAUGUCAACGCUGUUUCUGGGACGCAGAUCAAGGACCAAGAGUGACCUGAGUAUGAAGAUGUAUGAAGAGGAGAUCCAGGAAUGGUAUGAGGAGCAUUCCAGAAAAGAAGAAUCUCAGACACCGUUGCAAGAGCCUGCAUCUGCUUCCACCAGCUCUCUGAAGCCCCUGAGCCUCCGGCAGCGCUCCCAGACUGUCAUUUAGGCCUAGCUCGUGCAAGCCGCCUUCUAUGCAAUAACCUAGAGUAUUACUUCACAGCGUAUAUAUUGGGAUGAUGUAUAUAGAUCUGUUCAGUGUACUGUUCAGCUUUAGGGUUUAAAUCUUUUCCCCUAGCGAGUGGAUUACUGAAUAAAAAACAGAGGCCCGGGGGACUCUGUGUAAGGCUGCUACACCCAGAUGGAGCGUGAUGCUCAGCACAGAGCGAACAUCUCGGACAGAACAGAGACCUUCUCCCUCCGAGCCGCUUCCCAGGCCCAAGCCUGCUGUUUCAUAGCAGUAACAGACCCAGCGGAAAGGGAUGUGUAAUCCAUUAACAGCAGGAAACGCGCUGAAGCCACCUGCUUAAUAGUAAAACUGUUGCCCUUUUGGAAGAUCUCUUUUGCUUAAAGGGUACCAUUAGCCUAGGAAUAAAGGAUCAGGGAGUAAGUUGUUGUUUUUUUUCCACCCUCCUUAUGCAAAGAAACAGGAGGUGGUGUGAACUUUCAGCACUUUUGGAAGAGCAGUCUGCCUUUCCCCUCCUUUUUGGCACAGCUAGAUGCUCUCCCUGUAGCAGAUCCAGCUCCAAUUAUUGAAUUUAGCCAUCUCAUUAUUGAAUUUAGCAGUGUGAGGGCCAGCAGCUGAUCGUGUUACCACCGUAAGUGGGACAGGAGUUGGGGGAGAUGAACGGUGUGUCUCUGCUGUGACUGUUCAAGUGCUGCCCGGGGUGCUGCCUGGGAUUGGGGUCACCUCUGCAAACCCCAAAGCUCCUGUCUCUGGGCAGUGAGGGGGACAUUCCACAGGGUGAUGGUCGCUUUGACCUCUGUCACUCGGCCACCACCUCUGUAAAUGACAAAUCUCUAGCUGGUCUUUAGCUCAGAUAAAUGACUAGGAGGAAGAAAUUGAAUGUUUUGCAGCUCCAAAUCUGGCUUAUUUCUGCAUGGCUUUGGGUUAAGGAGAGCUUGUGGGCAUCAGUGCUGCUGGUUAGUCCUCAGCCAGGUCACUGCUGUGGUCACACAGCACAGCAGUGUUCCUCCCUUACUCUCACCCAUGCAGAAAUGUUCCUCAGGCCAGCAAACACUGACCGAGUAGGAUUUUAGGAAUGUUCACUAAAGAGCUUGACUGUUCCUUGAAUUUUGGAUGCAGAAGGAAUGUGGAAGAUGAUUUUUCUCUCCCAUCUGCUUUUCUGCAGCUGGCAAGGAGGCAGCCAGAGCUGGUAGGUGAGGGGUGGGAGGAAAGGGGGAAAGAGAUCCCUUCCUAGCUCUGCCACGUCUGUUAUGUGAUCACAGCAGGGUGUGUCAUCACUCGUGUUCCAUUGCCCGUAAACCGAUGAGAACCUGUCCCUGUAAGUCCCUUUUUUCCCCCCGUCAGCACAGAAAGUGCUGAGGGCUGGAAGUUCUCUGUCAGCUGGGAGGUUCCCGUCAACCUCUUGCUGUUGGAUCUUUUCUCAGGUUCAGAUGAAGAGCAGAGUUUGCUGGGGAGGCUUUUUCCUUCCCCCAGACAGAUCAGGCACUGGCAGAUCUGUGUGCCUCUUCCCUUUCUCCCAUACACCUGUUUUGUCCUUGGUAGCCACAUGGCACAAGGAGUGAUCCUGCACAGCAGCAUUUCCUGGGUCAAUGGGACUUUCAAAAGUCAGCAAGACAGAGCUGCUUCUGCAGCGUGGUGGGAGUAUUUGGGAUAUCGGAGAAGCGGGUGAGCAGCAUUGGGGCAGCACGCACCAACCUCUGCUCUCAACCCUUGCCAAGUUCCCUGGGGGCGCCUCAGGGCACCUCUUUGUUUCCUUGCUGGGUGCUGCAGGUAUGAAACUACUUCUGAGCUGGACCGUGAAGGACCUUAAAGGGCUGUUUUCCAAACCAUCAGUUCGACCACAAAUUAAUGAGCAGUGCAGUUGUGGCUCUUGCAUUUGCUCUGCAUGGAGUCGCAGCCUGGGAGAUUUACCCAGAUUAAUCCUGGGGCUGGAGUAGAUGUUGCUUAUUCUCUUUUUGAGUUGUGGGCAGGAUGAACGAGCAUUAUGAUUGUUAGGGAAUAAACAAAGCAGCUCUGGUUAAACUCAUUCCACUACAGCCUAUUGCAGGGCUGUCAGUGAUUGUUGGGGGGUGUUUUCUGGGUGUGAAAGGAGCUGCAGUUUAAGCUAUAUUGGGGGGGCACUAACCUGCUUAACAUGCAAUAACGGGGCUCUCGUGUCACAGGGAUGCUCAACAGGGGUUGGGGGCUCAGGUGCUGUUUCCCUGGUUUUGUGCUGAGGUGUUGAUCUCCCCUGCGUACAUAACGUAUUAAUUAUUUUUGUAAACCAAGGAGGGUUGCAGAAGUUUUCUUCUUCCACGUGACUUUGGGAAGACACAAAGUUUGAGUACGGGGCAUCCCCUUCUAUUUAUCCUCCUCUCCCCGACCUGACACACAGACUAAUGACAGAGACAAUCAUUUUGUAGGGAGCAAGGGAGGAAGCACUGCAGGAUUUUGUAUGCUGGUGUUUUGUUUAUAAAACGAUUUUAUGGACAUGUCUGUAAAAAAUGUUCUCUAGUUUUUUUUCACGCACACUAAUAAAAAGCAUCCUCGGCUUUGUAAAGGCA